ACUGCUGCCUGAGAUUGCCUGGUACUACACCUAUAGCUACCAGACCUAUAGCUCCUAGCUACUUCUUCCCGGUUGCUGCUCCUUCACCUCUGACGCCCAAACACCAAAUCAACCCACAAGACAACAACCACAAGAGGAGCAAAGCAUGCCCGCAUCCGGUGUCAUCCUCAGCGACGAGUGCGUCAAAGCCUUCAACGAGCUCAAACUUGGCAAGACCUUGCGCUAUGUCAUCUACACCUUCAACAGCAACAACACCGAGAUUGUUGUAGAGCACAAGUCCGACAGCGGCGACUGGGAGGACUUCACUGCCAAGCUGCCGGAGAAUGAGUGCCGUUAUGCCGUGUACGAUGUCAAGUACGAAAAGGGCGGCGACGGCGUGCGUUCCAAGCUCGUCUUCAUCUUUUGGGCACCAGACACGGCCAAGGUGAAGAGCAAGAUGGUGUCUGCCUCGAGCAAGGACACAAUCCGCCGUGCACUCAACGGCGUCGGCAUCGAAGUGCAGGCCACAGACUCCUCGGAGGUCGAGUACGAUGCAGUGCUCGAGAAGGUCCAGCGUCUUGGCUUCUAAAGCGGGGGAACAGAAGGCUUUGUCCGAUGUGUGCUAGGUAGAUAAUCCCAAUGCUACAGGCUGGCUGGCUGCUGUGCUGCUUUGUGACUGUGUGCUCUCUUGCUCAGCCGGCGCGCCAAGAGAGCGACA